GUGUCUAACCCUAACACCCGUCUUUCUACCCUACCGUUCCGGCGAUCCCACCGGGCCGCCUCCAUGUUCACCUCCCGUGGCGGCGGCGGCAACAUCUGCAUCUGUGAACCGAGCGACCUUAAGGACGGAUUCCACUUUGCCAAGAGCAAAGAUGAGAUUGAAUCAGUUCUUGCCAAGAUCGAGAAGAUCUACAGCCGGUCGAAGCUGCCUAAGCACGCGUCGCGCAACGGCUGCUGCUCCUGCGUCGGUCUCCUGGCUCCUGCCACCCUCGUCAACUUCCUCACCUGCAAAGAUGCUGCGGAACUGCUGCCCGAAGGACAGGAGGCUGGGGGCAUGAUCCAGCGGUCUCUCGACGGCCUCAUCGCCUUCCUCAACUGCCUCUUCCCCUACCUCCCCGACGCGGAGGCCCUGGCAUAUCUCUCCGCUGCCGACGGAGACCCCCUUGUCGCCGCCCUCAUCAUCAUCGAGAGGCGCGGGCUGAUCAGAGAGUCCUUCAUCACCGAGACAGGACUCGAGAUCGCCCUCAGAUCCGCAGCGGUUGCCGCCCAGCACCCUGAUCCGCAGCGUUUCAUGCGAGGGUGGAAGCUGGUUUCACUUUGCCCACAAGAGUUUGCCAAGUUGGCCGUACCAUGCGACGACAGUCAAGGGUUGAUUUUUGAGCUGGCCCGCAUAAUGAGCGUGCUUGAUGGGUCCUCAACAGAUCUUUGCCUGGCUGAUGGGACCUCUUGGGAACUAGCCAGGGAUCGCCUUUCAUCUUGGUCUCUUGGAAAGGGGGGCUUCCUCGGCUUCCUCCUGUCCGAGCAGCCAUGAAGCGCCUGCUCCUUUCCAUGAUCCACGGAUUCUAUCUGAAGGCGCUGGGGGCUCUACCAAAGAAGGAGCUGACUGAUUGCUAUCACCGCAGCUUGCUCAUGGGUGGCCACUGCUAUGGCCCGCUGGACCCAGUCUCCAACAUCAUCGUCAACACCAUCUGGUAUGAUCAAACCUUCCCAGCAAGAGAAGUACAGCCACUAAACAUGAUCAGCACCAACUGCCUGUGGCGCAUCACGGCCCGAUCACUCUAUGGCCUUGUAUCCUUCCUUCGCAGCCGCUACCCAAACCUCACACCUGACCAAGCCUUGCAGCGCUUGCUGGAGGCACGGGCUGAGUUGUCUUUUGCUGAUCCCUUACUGCAAACUGGAUGCACCACAACCUCUCGUAUGCUGCGCAAAGACGCUGAACAUACCAAGCCACACGCCACUCUCACCGAAGCGUAUGUUGCUGCAGCCACCGCUGCGUUCCACCCAAGCCCACUAUUGCAGAAAGAUUUUCUUGGGAUACCAGAUUCUGUGCGUAAUCUCAUGGUUAUCUCAGAGAUGUUGUCUGUGCACGAUGGUCAAACAAUCCCUAAAGAGAAAUUUGAGUGCCUUUUGAUCCUUCUCAAGUGUCCAUCCUCUGUUGGCACGUCACUCCGACUGCAACAGGAGCUGGAGCAUAAACAGGUAAGCAAGAGGGUCUACGUCCAGGCUUCUGUAUGCAAGAAUAUUUUCUGGGGCAAGGAUGAGCGAGUCAACAGCAUGGUGAGAGCAGUCUUCGACAAGUACAACGAGACCGCGGUAUCCAAGUAUAGUCUUCAUGUUAUCUGUGGUGUUAAUGAGCUUGAUGACUGGGAGUUUAGCUUGGACCGGAGUAUCAAAUGCCACAAUCCUCGGACCCCUUACAAAUACAAUUACUCUCACAUCAAUUUCCUGGCGACUCGUGAAGGCUCUUCUUCUGCAACACUUUUCUUUGCUGAAUGCAGUAAUCAUUGCACCAGCAAUUCUUGGUGUGUCCCUGUGCUACUGCAGCCAGAUGCUGGUAUCAC